AUGCAGAACAUUGGUGCAGUCUUGAACAAGAGAUCUGUCGUCGUAGACCAGAUACGUGAUUAUAUUAAUGAAGCAUCCUGGUCUUGUCAGUUUUCCGGACAAGCUACAUUUUUAAGCUCGGUGUAUAAACUCUAUGCUGUAGUCCAGCAUAGCGGAACUCUAUCUCAAGGCCAUUACAUUGCCACUGUUUUACUUGACGAUAGACGACUGGAUCGAGUUCAAUGA